UAUGUUGAAAUAUUAAAAAUAAACAGAAAUAAAAGUAAAAUUAUGGCUACUAAUAAUUAUCCUGCUCCUGAAUUCUUUUCAAUUGCUCCGCCAUUGAUGGAUUUUGAAUCGGAGCUAAUUUGGUUUGAUUUGACUGAAUCGUUUAACGUUAAAGUGGAGUAUGACAAAAGUAACCGCAUCAGCACCAAUACCAUGGAAUUGAUGGAGUUGGCAUUUACACAACCGUUAAAUCUGCAAGACCAAAAGUUGUUGCUAAAUGAACUGGUGAAGAAUCCCUUCUUUGUUUAUCAAAUACGCCUAACGCCAGACAAGUUGCCACGUUUGGUUGAAAAUAAUCCCAUGAUAUCUUUUGAAAUUUUGGUUAAACUAAUGGACUCACCUGAAGUCACCGAAUAUUUUCAUGUUUUGGUUAAUAUGGAUAUAACUUUACACUCCAUGGAAGUAGUUAACAGAUUGACCACUUCAGUUAAUUUGCCCACGGAAUUCAUCCAUUUGUAUAUUAGUAAUUGCAUUUCGUCUUGUGAAAAUGUCAAGGACAAAUACAUGCAGUCCCGUCUGGUACGUUUGGUAUGCGUUUUUCUGCAAUCUCUUAUUAGAAAUAAAAUCAUUAACGUGAAGGAAUUAUUUAUUGAAAUUGAAACAUUUUGCGUGGUUUUCAAUCGCAUUAAAGAGGCCGUAGCAUUAUAUCGUCUGCUUAAGCAUUUGGACAUGGGAGAACCGGCACAAAAUCCUACACCCACUAGCGGUAGUAGUUCUAAUACAACAUCAUCAUCUUCAAUUUCAAGUAAAAACGAUAAAAAUGGAGCAAAUAAAUAAUGUAUAAAAUGAA